AUGGCCAACAAUGCUGUCGAGCAACCCUGGGACAUUAACUCCCGUCUCGGCCACUUCGUUUCCAAUCCCUCGGAUCUUCGUCGCCUUCUUGGAGUCAAUGAAGGUCUCAUCGUGGGCAGCACCGCUUUCCAGUUCUUCGCCAAAGUUGCUUGGCCCGACUCUACUCUGGAUGUGCUUGUCGAACGCGGACCAGCAGUCUCGGAGAUCUUUGCGUACCUCGUCAAUGAAGGUUAUAAUCAGGAGCAGACCGAAAUAUUCUAUGGAGGAUUACCAGAACAAUUCACGUACAGAAUCACACCCCGGAUCAGAGAUGGAGCCGCCAAUACCAAGAUCAACGUCAUCAACGCUGAGGUCAUGUCCAUCUGGGGCUUCCUGGCAGGACCUGUCUUCUCUACAGCUUCUGCAUGCUUCAUCACAUGGGAUAAAGCCUACUGUUUGUUCCCCGAACACACUUUCAACAAACGCAAGGUGAAAUUUGCUCACGGUCUGGACACAACUUACGACUCAGUCCUUCCUUUACUGCGCGAAUAUGUCCAGAGGGGCUGCUUCCUCGAUGAAAACUCGUUCACGCAGGGACCUGACAUGAUCCAAGAACGUCAAGAAACCAUCGCAGAUCUUCAGGGCUUCCGCAGAAUUGGCGACUCGAAAACCUGGUCUAUCCCACUUGACUGCACUGGAAUCACACCUCUUGAAGUUAACAGCACUGUCAUCGACAAGAACACAUUCCACGUUCGCGCCGAAGAAGGUCGGAGCGGACUUGAAAUCACGAUCCGAACUGGCGCAUUCAAGUGCUGCGUCCUGAAGCACACUUACACCUUCGAUACACGCGAAUAUCCCAACGACGAUUUCCAUGAGUAUCUUCGUUGGGUCCUUUGCCGCAAAGCUGCCAAGCAGAUCCAGGAGCAUGUUGAUGCUGGAACCUUUACUCUCAGCAAGGUCAGCUAUCGCCAGGCUCUCAAGAAGAUGGCCAACGCGACCGAGGAAAACAUGGGAGGAUCAUCAGGCUGCAACGAAAAUUGCCAUCUUCUGGAGUCACGCUCUACUAAAGAUGGUUUCAUCACUCCCGUCGGAUGGAAGUACGCGGACGACUCGAUUCCAGAGAUCUAUGAGGAGUGGUCCAAGCGUGAUCACGGCGCAGUUGAGGUUGAGAUCAAGACAGACGACGCUGGAAACGAGGUCGUAGUAGUCAUGGAGGACAACUGA